AAGCGGGCACAACAAAACCCUAAUAAAUCAUUUAACCGACCGCUCCCUCCCCCGUCGUCUCCGUCGAUCGCAGUCUACAGGGAGUUGCAUCUCCUGCCCCAAACCGAGAAAGACCUAAUCCUCGAUUCCAUGGAGACUGAGUCGCCGCAAUCCUCUCCUCCUCCUACUCCUCCCGUAGCUACCGUGAAUCCUCCGGCGCGGCCUGUUUGCUGGACCGAGGUGGUGCAGAAGAAUCUGACGCCGCAGCCCCAAGAAACCAUCUCCAACCGGGUGUUCGGCAGCUGCACGUCGAGCAAGGGGAUCUCAGUGGCGGUGGUCGACGCCAACGCCCUCAUCCACGGGGACAAACUCGCCGGUUACGCCGACAAGUUCGUGUCGGUGCCGGAGGUGUUGGAGGAGGUGCGCGACCCGGUGUCGCGCCAGCGGCUCUCGUUUCUGCCCUUCCCUGUGGAGACAAUGGAGCCCUCACCCGAGUUCCUCAACAAAGUUGUCAAGUUUUCUCGUGAAACCGGGGACCUGCACACACUUUCAGAUGUUGACCUUAAGCUUAUUGCACUGGCUUACAUGUUAGAAGCUCAAAUCCAUGGAACUGAUCAUCUAAGGGACAGACCUCCUCCGCUUCAUGUGGUGGAUGUGAAGAAUCUACCUGAGGCUCAAAUGCCUGGGUGGGGUUCCAAUGUGCCUAAUCUGGCAGAAUGGGAGGCCUUGGAGCAAGCAACUGAGGGAGGCACUAAUCAUAAUUCUAGAAUACUUGCACUUAAAGAUCUGAAUGAUCAAGUUGAACCUGAAAACAGAUCUGGUCCCAAACCUAAUGAGCAAGAUGAUGAGCAUACAUCUUUCAGUAGACCCAGAAGAUUUUUUGCUCCAAAAAAAGAGAUCAAGUUAGAGGGAAAAAAGAUGGUUGCAGCUGGAAUUGAUGCUUCUCAAGGUGAGAAUACUGAAAAUGCAGAUGAUUGGCUCCCUGCAGUUAGUCGAAGCACUCACAGAAGAUAUUUGAGAAGGAAAGCAAGGCGUGAAUUGUCCAAGGCAUCGGAGGAAAACAGACACCCAUCCUCCAGUCGGGAAGCGGACACCGAAAUAUCUGAAGGCAACAAUGUUCACUCUGAUAGUGAGGAAGAGUUUGCUGAAUUUGACAAACACAAAAUUACUCAGGAUCACUUUGAAAAUGGGUUUUCUGCCAAUGAAGAACAAAUUGAGGGGGGCGUCGAAGAUGUGAAAUUGAAUUUUGAUACUUUACAGCCUUUACAAGAGGAGAAAGAAGAUGACAUACUCAGGACUGUUAUAGGAUCUGAUCAUACAGCAAUUGAGGAAGAUAGCUCAGGCAAUGUACAUGAUUUUUUUCAAGGUGAAGAAAUCAAUGAGUUCAGUAAAGAAUUGGAUAGCCUAGAAUUGAAUAGUCAGUCUGAUGGAAGCAUUGAUACAGCUGACAUUGAUGACGAAAGCAGUGAGCAAAGUUGGAUGCUGAAGUCCUUAUCAGAGUCAAGUGUAGCUUGUGUUACUAGUGACUAUGCUAUGCAAAAUGUUAUUUUGCAAAUUGGUCUUCGCCUAUUGGCACCUGGAGGAAUGCAGAUUCGUCAGAUGCAUAGGUGGGUUCUAAAAUGUCAUGCUUGCAAUAAUGUGACACAAGAAAUUGGGAGGAUCUUUUGUCCAAAAUGUGGCAGUGGUGGCACCUUAAGAAAGGUUUCUGUAACAGUUGGUGAAAAUGGGAUUAUAAUGGCUUCACGUAGACCGCGUAUCAUCCUUCGAGGCACAAAAUUUUCACUUCCGUUGCCUAAAGGUGGAAGAGAAGCCGUCGCAAAAAAUCUCAUCUUACGAGAAGAUCAACUUCCACACAAGCUACUUUAUCCAAAAUCAAAGAAGAAAACAAACAAGCAGGACGAAGACUUUCUGAGCGUAGAUGACAUCUUUUCUCACUCUGGCGAGAAAAGAGUACCACUCAAGCCUCCUGUGAAGAAAGCACUUGCUAUGUUUAGUGGAAGAAGAAAUCCUAAUGACAAUCAUUUUUCUCGUCGUAAGCGUUAAAAACUAGAUGUUACACACCAGCAGUUGGAUAUAUCUAUCCUGGCAGUUUUGUCAAAGGUGUUCUCUCAAUUAGGAAUGGCAUUUGUUCGAAAAAUACCGGAGUUUGUUCUACAUGCCUGCUAUCAUGCUGAAAUUUAGCUGGUGUUCAUAGAUUGGGAUGCUUGUUUUACACCAUGGAGUGCAAUGUCAAACUUCAGUUUUGGAUAUGAUCCUUCUUCCGGGUUGAAAUUUAUUUUAAUGGGUUAAUUUCUUUAGAUUCA